AUGUAUGAUGAGUAUAUUGGCAUGUAUAAGGGAGAGACAACUAUGGGUAAUGAACUUGUUAAUGCUAGCAACAACUCUCCUGUCAAUGUUUCUGGUUCUUCCAUAGUUACUGGAUUCGACCAAAUCAUGAGCAUUGUUCGUGAAAAGCAAGCAAUUCCCCCAAUGAAAUCAGAAUUGGAAGCUUACCUUGAGGAGGGUGUUUACAUUCCCGAUGGUAGUUCUAACUCAUUCAGCGCCUUGGAGUGGUCGAAAAAUAAUAGUCUAAAGUAUAAGAUUUUGUCUAAGAUGGCAGCUGAUGUCUUAGCUAUUCCAAUUUCAACAGUGGCAUCAGAGUCCACAUUCAGUGCUGGUGGUAGAGUUAUUGAUGAAUAUCGUUCUAAAUUGAAUGAACAAUCAAUUGAAGCACUUAUUUGUGGUGGGGAUUGGCUUCGCAAUAAGUAUGGUUUGAAAAAGAAACCAAAGGUGUUUGAACAAGAAGAAGAAAUUGUGUUGAAGAUUUAAUGCUUUGUAGUUGUAUGAUUCGUUAUAAUUGUAACAAGAACAAUUGUGUUAAUUUGAUUAUUUCAUAUUUUGUUUGUAUUUUGG